CCAACCCUUUGGUUCGCAGGCCAGUGCCCAAUCCAGUGAGCCGCACUGGCUAGGGUUUCGCGGGUGCUUUAAAACAAACCCUUGAGGCAGGUUCUGUUUUACAGAUGGGACUGAGAUGCAGAGAGUUCAAGAAGUUUGCUCAAACUCAUACAACAUGUGCAGAGAGGGUCAGCCCCGGGGGUGUGGGGACUGCGGCAGAGCUGGCGGGGACUGCGGCAGAGCUGGUUGGGACUGUGGCAGAGCUGGUUGGGACCGCGGCCCACAGCCUCUCUCCGUUGCCGCGGCACACUCGGCGGCAAGCGGCACCCACGGCCACCAGCCUGCGUCCCGCGCCAAGACCACCACCUGGAACUACCAGCCACCGCUGAAAACCGUUACCGGGCGCCCAGGGCGCGCCAUGAAGUCUGCGGUUGGCUCACGAGGGGUUGGCUCCGGGGGCCGCUCUAGCGGCGGCUGGGGCGGCGGCUGGGGCAGCAGCGGCUGGAGCGGCAGUGGCUGGGGCAGUGGGCGAGGUAGCAGCAAAGGAGGCGGCGGCGAUGGCGGUGGCUCUGGAGGCAAGGGCAGCUUCGGGGGACGGACGCGCAGCUCCGGCGGCGGCCGAGGCCGGGGACGCAGCGGCGGCGGUGAGGGCAGGGACCGCGGCGGCGGCGGGCGGCGGCGCGGCGGCGCGUCCAGGGGCAAGAACCGCCGCAAGAAGGGUAUCAAGACGGUGUCGGUGGAACCCCAUCGGCACGAGGGCGUCUUCAUCUACCGCGGCGCGGAGGACGCGCUGGUCACGCUGAACAUGGUGCCCGGCCACUCGGUGUACGGCGAGCGGCGGGUCACCGUGACGGAGGGCGGCGUGAAGCAGGAGUACCGCACCUGGAACCCGUUCCGCUCCAAGCUGGCCGCCGCCAUCCUGGGCGGGGUCGACCAGAUCCACAUCAAGCCCAAGUCCAGGGUGCUGUACCUGGGCGCCGCCUCGGGAACCACAGUGUCCCACGUCUCCGACAUCGUCGGCCCCGAAGGCUUGGUCUACGCGGUGGAGUUCUCCCACCGCGCCGGGCGCGACCUGGUCAACGUGGCCAAUAAGCGAACCAACAUCAUCCCGGUCCUGGAAGAUGCCCGACACCCGCUCAAGUACCGCAUGCUCGUCGGCAUGGUGGACGUGAUCUUCGCGGACGUGGCCCAGCCCGACCAGUCCCGCAUCUUGGCUCUGAACGCCCACACCUUCCUGCGCAACGGGGGCCACUUUCUCAUCUCCAUCAAGGCCAACUGCAUCGAUUCCACUGCGUCUGCGGAGGCGGUGUUUGCAUCCGAGGUGAGGAAGUUGCAGCAGGAGAAUUUAAAGCCUCAAGAGCAGCUGACCCUGGAGCCCUAUGAGAGAGACCACGCCGUGGUUAUCGGGGUCUACCGGCCCCUUCCCAAGAGCAGCAGCAAGUAGCACCCUGCUGGGGCCCGUCCCAGAGACCUCCCCACACCGCCGCCUUCAGUGUUUCUGUGUACGAGAGGGGCCAUCGUGAGACCCCCGCGAGACCGCUGCCUUCAGUGUUACUGUGUACGCGCGGGGCCGUCCCUGAGACCUCCCCCCACCUCCGCCUUCAGUGUUACUGUGUACGUGCGGGGCUGUCCCUGAGAUUUCCAAGACCGCUGCCUUCAGUGUUACUGUGUACUCCGGGGGGGGGCCAUCC